CGUGAGUACUCGUGCGCACUUCAUCACGUUCGGUCGGUCAUAUGAUCUUCGUCGAAAAGGGCGAGCCACGAGAGACCUGUUUUCGCGUUUGACAUAUCGCUCUCAUCUUCCGUGUUGCUGCGUACGAAAAAUCCCACUGCAAAAUGAAGGGGUGCCUGUUCAACAUCGACGGCGGCUAUUUGGAGGGUCUCUGCCGUGGCUUCAAGUGCGGCAUACUUCAGCAGAGCGAUUACCUGAAUUUGGUCCAAUGCGAAACGCUCGAAGAUCUAAAGUUACAUCUAGCUGGCACAGAUUACGGCAGUUUUUUGGCCAAUGAGCCGUCCCCGUUGUCUGUCAGUGUCAUUGAUGACAAACUGAGGGAGAAACUGGUCGUGGAGUUUCAACACAUGCGCAAUCACUCUGUGGAACCUUUGUCUCAGUUUCUGGAUUUUAUCACUUACAGUUACAUGAUCGACAACAUUAUUCUAUUGAUCACCGGUACGUUGCAUCAGAGACCCAUCUCGGAAUUGAUCCCGAAAUGCCAUCCCCUUGGCAGUUUUGAACAAAUGGAGGCGAUUCACGUCGCUGCCACACCUGCCGAGUUGUACAACGCUGUGUUGGUAGACACACCUCUGGCGCCUUUCUUCGUCGAUUGCAUUUCCGAGCAGGACUUGGACGAAAUGAACAUCGAGAUAAUAAGAAAUACGCUUUACAAGGCUUACCUGGAGGCGUUUUACAAAUUUUGCAAAGACCUCGGUGGCACCACCGCGGACACAAUGUGUGAAAUACUUGCCUUCGAAGCAGAUAGAAGAGCCAUCAUUAUAACUAUUAAUUCGUUCGGAACUGAAUUGGGCAAAGACGAUCGUGCAAAACUGUAUCCACGCUGCGGGCGCUUGAAUCCGGACGGACUAGCGGCCUUGGCAAGAGCCGAUGAUUACGAACAAGUGAAGGCCGUGGCGGAAUAUUAUGCCGAAUACAGCGCUUUGUUCGAAGGAGCAGGCAACAAUCCCGGUGACAAAACUUUGGAAGACAAAUUUUUCGAACACGAGGUUCGUUUGAACGUCAACGCGUUUCUCCAACAAUUUCACUUCGGAGUAUUCUAUAGCUACUUGAAAUUGAAGGAACAGGAAUGUCGCAACAUUGUAUGGAUCGCGGAAUGCGUUGCCCAAAAGCAUCGCGCUAAGAUAGACAAUUACAUCCCUAUAUUUUAAAUUAAUUAUAAAUACGUUAAAUUUGAUGAGAUACAUUUGCAUCAUCUAUAUUCACCACUGCGACAAUGAAUUGCCAAAAAGGUUUCGGUCUCAAUUUCUCAAAAUUAAUGCCGAAUUACAUAUUGCGUUGCAAUUGUCAGCAGAAAAUUAUAUUUGAAAGUUAUUUGACAAACAUAGAUGUGUAAUAUUGUCAAAUUUAUUUAUGGGAAAUCGAAGGAGGCAGGCAUCUGUCACAAGUAUCUUUAAGACGUUCUUAGAAUCGUUGUUGUUGCAUACGUUAUGAUUUAAACAGUAUAAUAGAAUAUAGUGUAAAUAAACUGUCCCGUAAUCUCCGACAUGUAAAUCAUUUUCUCACUUAUUGGCCAAUAUCGCGCUAUAAGUAUUAUAAUUCCAUAAAAAUUGUAAUAUAUAAAUAAAAAAUAUAUCGCAUUCCA